AUGACAGACGGUCGCGCGCGCAUCACCUAUGGCGACCUCGACGAGACGAUCGACGUCCGCGGCAGGCUCUUCGAAGGCCUUAAGUUCUGGAUCGCUCAAAGAUGCCCGCUGCGGAACACGUUCGUCGAUAUGGUCAAGAACAAUGGCGGUGUAGUAGUACCGCUUGAGAAACUCGCCGACUACCUCAUCGUAGACCAUGCGCGUAAGGAUACACCGCCGGGAGGCAUCUCGUACCGCUUCAUUGAGCAAUCCAUCAAGGAAGGCAGGCUGGAAGACCCCGAAACACAUCUUGUGGGACAGCCAGUAGGCACCGUUCGCGCUGUCGGCUCAGUGCAGCCGAAGAAGGGCGGGAGGACCCCGUACACCCAGGCGGACGAUCUGGAGCUGUACAGGUGGGUCAAG